AUAUAUUCGCAGCAUUGCCGGAUCAAGUUUAUUUUUUAUUUUAAAGAGAAUAGUUUUGUUGUGCAUGGAAAAUGUUGGGAAGGAGGCAAGUGAUUUUCGGUAUGAUUAGCUUAUUUUCGCUUCAAUGAUUGAGUUGCCUUGCAGCUAGAGGAAUAUAAGUGCUCGAAACUUCUGAGGUCAGAAAAGCAAGAGAGAGAGAGAAGAAGAUGAAGUCUCCGAACGACAAUAGCAAUGGCAGCAAUAGUAACUGGCUGGGUUUCUCUCUUUCACCCCACAUGAAAAUGGAGCUGUCCACCGAUCCCCAACACAUUCAUCAUGGUCAAGCUUCUGCAGCUGAAGCCGAUGUACCUAACGCUGUUCCUACAAGCUUCUACUUGUCUUCUCACCUCAAUGGUUCCGGAAUCUGCUAUGGAAUUGGUGAUAGUGGAGGUUAUCACGCUCCUUUGUCUGUUAUGCCACUUAAGUCAGAUGGGUCUCUAUGCAUCAUGGAAGCUCUCUGCAAUAGAUCGCAGUCUGAAGGUAUUGUGCCUACUUCGUCUCCAAAACUGGACGAUUUUCUGGGUGGUGCUACCAUGGAACCUCAUCAAUAUGGAAGCCACCAACGAGAAACAAUGCGUCUGAGCUUAGACAGCAUGUACUACCACCAAAAUGCGAACCAGCAACACAACCGCCAUCAUUCCCUGGACCUUCUCCAAGAACCCUUUAGAGAGCAAGAGCAAGAGUUCGGGGUUCAAACUCACCCGUACUUUUCAGGACUGGCCUGCCAAGGCAUGUACCAGUUGCCAUUGGGGGAAGAAACCAAGGAUACCCAACUCGUAGAUUGUGAUUCUCAGAUUCCUCAAAUGGGAGAAGAAACAAUGCCUUGUUUUAAAAACUGGGUAGCUGGGCACUAUUCUACCCAUAGUUCAAUAGAGCAACAUAUGACUAGUAGCAUGGUUGAUGAUGGAGCAGCUUCCGGCUCUGUUGGUUCAAUGGGUUGUGGGGACUUGCAGUCCCUUAGUUUGUCAAUGAGUCCUGGUUCUCAGUCCAGUUGCGUUACAGCUCCAAGGCAGAUCUCGCCAGCUGCCGCUGAAUGUGUGGCAGUGGAAACAAAGAAAAGAGGGUCUAGAAAGGUGGGUCAAAAGCAAACUGUUCAUAGGAAGUCCAUUGACACUUUUGGACAAAGAACAUCCCAGUAUCGGGGUGUCACAAGGCAUAGAUGGACGGGUAGAUAUGAAGCUCAUCUUUGGGACAACAGUUGCAAGAAGGAAGGGCAAACCAGGAAAGGGAGACAAGUUUAUCUUGGGGGUUAUGAUAUGGAGGAGAAAGCUGCCAGGGCUUAUGAUCUUGCUGCUCUUAAAUAUUGGGGACCUUCGACGCAUAUAAAUUUUUCUCUUGGAAGUUACCGUGAAGAAUUGCAGGAAAUGAAGAACAUGAAUUGCCAGGAAUAUGUUGCCCAUUUAAGGAGGAAAAGUAGUGGGUUCUCAAGAGGGGCCUCAAUGUUCAGAGGAGUUACAAGACAUCAUCAGCAUGGAAGAUGGCAAGCUCGCAUUGGCAGGGUUGCUGGAAACAAGGACCUUUAUCUAGGAACAUUCAGCACCCAAGAGGAAGCAGCUGAAGCCUAUGACAUUGCUGCAAUCAAGUUUCGGGGUGUAAAUGCCGUGACGAACUUCGAAAUCACCAAAUACGACGUUGAAAGGAUCAUGGCCAGCAAUACUCUGCUUGCUGGUGAAUUAGCUAGGCGAAACAAAGAAAAAGAUUACAACGAGGCUGGUGAUUACAAUAUACCCAUGCGAACCAAUGGUGAGACCAUUCAACCCCAAGUCAACCAUGGGAAUGCUCCAGAUUGGAAGAUGGCCUCUCCACAGCCAGUACCAAUUGUUGAUGGUGUCGAGUUGAUCGAACACAACAAGUCUGCAUGUAAUGAAAGCUAUCGAAAUCCCACUUUCCCGCUGGCCAUGCAUGAUGUCAUGGGAGUCGAUUCUGUGAGCUCUAGCCAGCCAAUGGUGGAUGGGUCCGCCAGGCUAGGAGCUCAUUAUUCUAACUCGUCUUCUUUAGUGACCAGCGGAAGCAACUCUAGAGAAGGCAACCCAGAUAAAACAGGCUCCACAGUACACUUUGCUAAGCCACCCUCGGCAUCAAAGUUGGUUAGUCCAACAAAUGGUGUUAGUUGGUUCCCCUCGGCACCGAUACGUCCCGGUGCUGUCUCAAUGGCUCACUUACCUCUAUUUGCUGCCUGGACUGAAACCUAAAAAUACCCUUGUCUACUGUUAAUGCAAACACGGGAAGUUUUGCAUGGGCAAGAAAAAGUUAAGAACUUGAUGGAAUAGCGGGAAAAGCUAGAUUUUGAUUAUGUCUUUUCCAGGUCCAGUUUUUGGAGGGAAUAUGGGAUUAAUGAAAUACAAGGGUGGGGACCAAUUAUCUGUAUGGUAACCAAAUUGUAAGGAACCUUCUUUUUUAAAGCGUUACCUUUUGGCUUA